AUGGGUGGGAGAACUCCUCUUCUUGUCCUCACCUUUUCUCUUGCUGUUCUGAGCAUUGAGCUUGGGAUUUCUCACGGUUGUCGUGAGAAGGAGAGGAAAGCCCUCAUCGACUUCAAGCGUGGACUUCAUGAUCCUUCCGAUCGUCUCUCCCCCUGGGUCGGGGAGGACUGUUGUGCGUGGGAAGGUGUUGGCUGCAGCAACAUCUCUGGUCAUGUUAUCAAGUUGGAUCUUCGGAAUAGACGUCGAAUGGAUCUAUAUGAGGGCUGCUCUCAGCAGGAAGUUAAUGAUGAUCCAGGAUGCAAAUGGGCAGUGCGUGGUGACAUAACUCCAUCUCUGCGUUCUCUCCAACAACUUAAUCACCUGGACCUCAGCGGCAACUAUUUUACGCAUAAACCUAUCCCCAAGUUCUUGGGAGCUUUCAGAAGACUAACAUAUCUUAACCUGUCAGGUGCAGGCUUCAUGGGUAGAGUACCUGACCAGCUCGGAAAUCUAUCCACUUUGCAGCAUCUCGACCUUUCUUAUAACUGCUUUAGGGAUGAUGAAGGUGGUGGCUUCUUCUGCUUGUACCUUCAGAACACGAGAUGGAUCUCUAUGCUCAAUUCCCUUCGGCAUCUUAACAUGACUGGUGUCCGUUUUACAAAUGCGGCCAACUGGUUCCAAGAUUUGAAUGCACUACCACAUAUACAAGAGAUUGAACUAAGUUCUUGUGACUUGGGGACCUUUCCACGUUCGCUGUCUCAUGUCAACUUCACAUCUCUUAUCACUCUUGAUUUACGAUACAAUUAUAUAAACUCCACCAUACCAGAUUGGGUGUUCAAUAUUACUAGCCUCGAGUUCCUUUAUCUUGGUGGGAAUGACCUGCAUGUAUUCUUUCCUGAUUCUGUUGCAAAGUUAACAUCUCUCAGGGCACUCGACUUGUCUGGGAGUGUGUUCCAAGAUGGCUUCAUGCAAGUAGCUCCUAUAUCCAACAUCUGCAAGCUCCAAAUUCUCUACCUACGCUCUGUUCCUAUCCAUGAUGUGCUUGCCAAUCUAGAAAUGGUUUUCUCUGGAUGUCUUAGGUAUAGCAUGGAGGAAUUAGACCUCAGCAACACCCAUCUCAGUGGUUCCUUUCCGGAUUGGCUAGGGAACAUCAAGAAUCUCAAAUCUCUUAAUCUUUCUUUCAACUCCCUCUAUGGAUCAGUGCCUCCGUCUAUCGGGAAUCUGUCAUUGCUGCAACAUUUGGUUUUAUGUUUCAAUGAUUUGAAUGGGACGAUUUCGGAAGGCAUCGGACAACUGAAGAGCCUUGUUUAUUUGGAUCUCAAUAGUAACUCGUUGAGCUUAUCAGAGUUCCAGUUGGCUAAUCUAUCAAGUUUAAGGUAUUUGGACAUUUCAAACAACUGCAACUCGAGAAAAAAUGGUGAUUGGAUCCCGCCCUUUUCAGCUUCAAGCUCUUUAUAUAACAUGUUUUUUAAUGAAAUAGCCUGUUUUCCAAAAUGGUUUCAAACACAAGCAUCUAUUCAUGAAUUAUAUUUUUCAGGUGCAGGAGUAAUAGACAUGAUUCUUGACGGGCUUCCUUCUGGUCUUGAGUAUUUGGAUCUUUCUCACAACUCUCUUAAUGGAUCAUUGCCUGCAUCUCUUGGAAAUUUCUUGUUGUUGCAUUCUUUGAUUUUAAGUUCCAAUUAUUUGACUGGAAUGCUUCCGGAAGGCAUCAAAUGGUUGAAGGGCCUCGUCAGAUUGAAUCUCUGUAAUAACUCUUUGAGAUUGUCGGAGGACGACCUUGCUAAUCUAUCAAGUUUGAAAUAUUUGGAAAUUGCAUACAACUCUAUACAAUUCAACAAAAGCGGUGAUUGGAUUCCUCCCUUUCAGCUUAACACUCUUUACAUGGGAUUCUGUCAAAUACUGCCCGUGCCUCAUUUUCCGAAAUGGCUCCGAACACAAAACACUCUUUGUGAAUUAGAUUUAUCAAAUACUGGUAUCGAAGAAACAAUUCCCAACUGGCUUUCAUCCAAUCUGCGAUAUUUGUAUCUCUCCAAUAACAGGAUUACUGGUAAGGUGCCACAAUUCUUUCCAAAACUGAAGUAUUUAAUUCUUUCAAACAACUCGUUCUCAGGGGAUCUUCCACCAAGAAUCUCAAACACAAUGCCGCGCUUACAAUGGUUAGAUCUAUCUAUGAAUAAUUUGAGCGGCGGGAUUCCCUUCUCUUAUUGUCGAUCGAGGUAUUUGGAAGGGCUACUGCUUUCCGAAAAUAAUUUGUCAGGAGGUGUUCCUAAUUGUUGGAAAAAUCCCUCAAAUUUACUUCUUUUAGACUUAUCAAGCAACAAAUUAGUAGGUGGAAUCCCUGAUUCAGUCUGUAAUUUGCAAACGCUGGAGUCACUGCACUUGAGGCGCAAUAAUUUAUCCGGGCCGAUUCCUCUUUGUUUAAAGAGUUGCACAGAACUCGUUACUCUAGACCUCGGCCACAACAAUUUUAUCGGGAAUAUACCAACUUGGAUCGGAGAAAGCCUCUUGUACCUGAAGACACUCAGCUUACGCUCGAAUGCUUUCACUGGCAGCAUUCCUCGAUUAUCUUCUCUAGCAUCUCUUCGUAUCUUGGAUUUCUCCAACAACAAUCUUUCAGGAAUAAUACCACGGAGCUUUGGAAACUUCAGUGCAUUAAAAAGCACUCCUACCUAUCAUUGUUGUUACUUCAACAACAAUCAACCCUAUGAGGAAGUUAUGUGGCUUUUCGUAAAAGGAAGUGAAAUCAAGUAUACUACCACCAGUCAACUUUCAAUUGAUACACUUAUUGAUCUCUCCAACAAUAACUUAUCUGGAAACAUCCCUGAAGAGUUGGGGAAUUUGCAUGGAUUGCGGAGCUUAAAUCUAUCCAAAAAUUAUCUUAUAGGUCAAAUACCAAGAAGUAUUGACAGAAUGAAACAGCUAGAAGUUCUCGAUCUAUCAAGAAAUAAUCUCUCGGGUGCAAUUCCUUCCGGUUUGGCAACUUUGAAUUUCUUGAACCAAUUGAAUUUAUCAUAUAACAAUCUUUCAGGAAGGAUUCCCACUGGCAAUCAGUUGCAAACUUUUACUGAUCCAUCUGUCUAUGCUGGCAAUCCAAAUCUUUGUGGCCCUCCUCUCCCUAAAAAUUGUACGGUGAAUAUGACGAAGGCUGAUGAAGAAGAUCAAGAUGAAGAUUCUUACGAGAGUAGAAUGGAAGCACUUUGGUUAUACACGAGCAUCACACUGGGAUUUAUUACUGGAUUUUGGGCGAUUUGUGGAAGCCUUUUGUUGCGACGAACAUGGAGGAUCGCGUACUUUCGCGCCAUUGAUAACAUGUAUGACAAGCUAUACGUGGUGAUAGUAGUGACCGUGACAAAAUACAAAAGAAAGUUACGAUGA